UUCACGCUGUGUCACUGAUUUCUCUCUCUCUCUCUCACACGCUGUUGCAACAGCAAAGCACAUUCUUUCAUAUUGCUGUCUCUUUCUCUCUCUUCCUCUCUGCCUGCCUCUCUCUCUCUAAAAAUUCUUCAAGGGAUCGAAGCAGAAACUUACAGAGAAACAAAAACGACGGGGAGAAGAGAGAGAGAGCGCCAAGAAUCCAUAAGAUCUCUCAUUUUUCUCCAAAAUGAACGACCUUUUAAAUGAUGAUUUUGAUAAUUUUGAUGCCCCAAGGCAUCAAAAUGAUAGAAAUGGAGAUGUUGAAAUGGGAACACAAAUACCAAUGAAUUCUGGGGAGCUAGGCCUCGAUGAUUUCUUUAAAAAGGUUCAACAAAUUGAGAAACAGUAUGAAAGACUGAACGAACUACUCCAGAAGCUUCAGGAUGCUCAUGAGGAAUCAAAGGCUGUUACAAAAGCUGCUGCUAUGAAAGCAAUUAAGCAGCGAAUGGAAAAAGAUGUUGAUGAAGUCGGGAAAAUAGCUCGAUUAAUCAAAUCAAAAAUUGAGGAACUUGAUAAAGAAAAUCUAGCCAAUAGAAACAAACCAGGAUGUGGUAAAGGAUCAGCUGUUGACAGAUCAAGAACAGCAACAACAGUUUCCUUGAAAAAGAAGUUCAAAGAUAAAAUGGCUGAGUUUCAGACUUUAAGAGAAAACAUCCACCAUGAAUAUCGUGAGGUUGUUGAAAGGCGAGUAUUCACAGUGACGGGUAAUCGAGCUGAUGAAGAGACAAUUGAUAGGUUGAUAGAGACAGGGGACAGUGAACAGAUAUUCCAGAAAGCUAUUCAGCAACAAGGGCGAGGACAGAUAAUGGGCACACUAGCUGAAAUUCAAGAGCGCCAUGAUGCAGUCAGAGAAUUAGAGAGGAAGCUUCUUGAGUUGCAACAGAUAUUCAUGGACAUAGCAGUGUUGGUUGAUGCUCAAGGAGACAUGCUUGAUAAUAUAGAAUCACAGGUUUCAACUGCUGUAGACCAUGUGCAAUCAGGGAAUACUGCUCUACAAAAGGCAAAGAAACUACAAAGGAAUUCAAGAAAAUGGAUGUGCUUUGCCAUCAUGAUUCUCCUCAUAAUUGUUGCAAUCAUCGUCGUUGGCGUGCUUAAGCCAUGGAAUAGUAACAAGGGUGCUUAGCUUAUUAAUACUCCCCCAUGAGCAAUGCAUAGAUACAUAAUGUAUACUAUCACUGCACAUGCUAUUCAUUAUGAUAUUUCUUGGCUUUGUACAUGUUGAACCUUGGGACUUGCCUCUAUAUAUAGUUUGAAGUGUGAUUGAAAUAUGUAAUCUGUUCUUUAUAAUCUAGAUGUUUACCUGGUUGGAAUUGGGAGAACACUUCUUUGGACUGGAAAAAUACAAUUGUCGCAUAUUGUAAUGGACUCCAAUGUUUUUGAAAUGUUUUUUUUAUUUGACUUGUUUUCUUUUCAAA